AGGGCUUACAUUUUCACAACGAAGAGUGACAUCGAGGGACUGUCCGAAGCCCGAUUUUGGACCGCCGACGGGACUUUCAAUGUUUCUCCAUUACUUUCCCAGCUAUUCAGCAUCCACGGCAGUAUCCCUCCUCUUCACCAAACGACCACGCCGGCAGUAUACGUCUUCAUGACGAGUAAAAGUCAGGAACUUUAUACAGCCGUACUGACAGAACUUCUUUUCAUCGCCGACAAGUACCGCGUUAAAUUGCAACCCAGACAGGUGCUGACCGAUUUCGAGCUCGGCAUGGUAAACAGCUUUAGGACGACGUUCCCCAAGGCCAAGCACAGCUUAUGCUUUUUCCACCUAACGCAAUCCUUGCGCAGGAAGUAUGUGGCAUUGGGUUGCGCCAAGCUGCCGGACAGAAAAGGAGUCUUAAACCAUCACUUCAAGCUUGUUCAGGCACUUGCUUUCCUCCCACCUAACGACAUACCGGCAGCCUUCGCGGAACUCAAGAAGGUAACUCCUGCGCCCCUGCUCCCUGGAUGCAAUACGUAG